AUGGAGAUGUGGGAACGACGGGGUUCGAUCAGUGGGAAGAAAGGGUCCCGAUGGGACCGAAGAGAAGGAAAAGGGGAUAGGGAUUUGGUCUCGGUGGUGAUCGACGAGCAAAAAGGGAGAGGAACAGCCUUCCUCCGACUAUUGCACGUAAUGGAUGUGGGGUCUGCUCUGGCAGCCUCCCCUGUUCUUCUUCUUCGUAUACCCGAGAACAAGAACAAUUCUCGUGUUCUUGACAGGAAUCAGUGCAAAAGGAAAGAGCUAUGGGAGUGUUUGAGUGUUGUUUUCAGUUUUGAUUGUGUGUUGAUUGUUUGUGAACCAAUUUAUUAG